AUCAGGCCCAUGCACCCCACCUCUGUCAAGGGUGUGGAUGACAUGAUAAGGCUGGGCGACCUGAACGAGGCCGGCCUGCUGAGGAACCUCCUGGUGCGGCACAAGGAGGGCAUCAUCUAUACAUACACAGGCUCCAUCCUGGUGGCAGUGAACCCAUACCAGCUGCUGCCCAUCUACACCACGGAGCAUGUUCACAAGUACACCGACCGCCGACUGGGAGAACUGCCACCUCACGUCUUUGCACUCGCGGACAGCUGCUUUUUCAACAUGCGUCGCAACAAGAAGAACCAAUGCUGCAUUAUCAGUGGCGAGUCUGGAGCAGGAAAGACUGAAAGCACCAAGCUCAUGUUGCAGUUCCUGGCUGCAGUUAGUGGACAGCGCUCGUGGAUCGGCCAGCAGAUUCUGGAAGCCAACCCCAUCUUAGAAGCUUUCGGCAAUGCCAAAACUGUCCGCAAUGACAACUCCAGUCGCUUUGGGAAGUACAUCGACAUCAAUUUCACCCAGGGAGGAGUCAUUGAUGGGGCUCGAAUUGAGCAGUAUUUGCUGGAGAAGUCCAGGGUGUGCCGCCAGGCCCCCGAGGAGAGGAACUACCAUAUCUUCUACUACAUGCUGAUGGGAAUGCCAGCAGAGCACAAAAAGAUCCUUUCUCUUGGAAAUGCUGCUGAAUACAACUACAUUACCAUGGGGAACAGUGUGGGCUGCGACGGCCGUGACGACGUGAAGGAGUAUGCCAACUUCCGUUCUGCCUUGAGGAUCCUCAUGUUCACUGAGAAUGAAACCUGGGAAAUAUUCAAACUUCUCGCUGCCAUCCUGCACAUUGGAAAUAUUGUUUUUGAAGGCACCAUUAUAAAUAACCUGGAGGCCUGUGACAUCAGAACCACGGCCAGCUUCAAAAUGGCUUGUCAGCUGUUAGAGGUGGAGUCUGAAAUGCUGGAGAAGAGCCUGACUGAGCACUACUUCUCCACGAGCAGAGAGAGCGUGACCAAGCGACUGACCUCAGCUCAGGCCGUGGACAGUAGAGACGCUUUUGUCAAGGCAAUCUACGGGCGCUUGUUCAUCUGGGUGGUGAACAAAAUCAACGCAGCUGUUUACAAGGAACCCGAGGAGCCCAGUCAGGACCGGCAGUCAAUCGGGCUUCUCGACAUCUUUGGCUUUGAGGACUUCACUAAAAACAGGUGGUGCACUAGUCUGUUUGAUGUCUGUCAGCGUGUAACAGUUUUUCUUCGCAGCUUUGAGCAGCUCUGCAUCAACUUCGCCAACGAGCAGCUGCAGCAGUUCUUUGUCAAGCAUGUUUUCAAGCUGGAGCAGGAAGAGUAUGCGCGCGAAAACAUCAACUGGACGCAGAUCGACUAUAAGGACAACCGAGACACCCUUGACGUCCUGGCCAACAAGCGCUUGAACAUUCUGGCUCUCAUCGAUGAGGAAAGCAACUUCCCCAAGGGCACGGAUGCCACCAUGAUCCAGAAGCUGAACCAGAACCACGGGAAAGGGAACAUUUAUAUUCCUCCUAAAAACUCCUAUGAGAUACAGUUUGGCAUCAACCACUUUGCUGGGGUUGUUUAUUACAACUCAACAGGUUUCCUUGAGAAAAACCGCGACGCCCUCAGCUCAGACCUGAUUCAGCUGGUGGAAACCUCGUCCAACAACCUCCUCAAGCAAGUCUUCCACAAAGAGGUGGCCUCCAGCUCCAGAGCCAACACCAACCCCAAGAUGAUCAUGACUAAAAACUUCAGCACUGUUCGGCAAGCCAGUGACGGGAAGAAGCCAGCGUCCACGUUGAGCGGCCAGUUCCGUCAGUCGCUGGACUCCCUGAUGAAAACCCUCAGAGCAUGUCAGCCCUAUUUCAUCCGCUGCAUCAAACCCAACGACUUCAAAAAACCUUUGCUCUUCGACAGAGACUUGUGCAUGCGUCAGCUGCGCUACUCUGGUAUGAUGGAGACGAUCCGCAUCCGCAAGUCUGGGUAUCCUGUACGAUACACCUUCGAUGAGUUCCUGGAGCGCUACAGGGUGCUGCUGAAAACAUACCGCUGCGACCCUAAAACGGAGAGUGCAGCCAAGUGCUGUGAGAGCAUCUGCACGUUUGUGCUCCACGGAAAGGGCGACUGGAAGACGGGGAAGACAAAGAUAUUCCUGAAGGACUCGCAUGACACGCUGCUCGAGCUGGAGCGAAUGAAAGAGUUGAACCAGAAAGCUCUUUUGAUUCAGAAAGUGCUCAGAGGCUAUGCUCAUAGGAAAAGGUUCCUGAGGAAAAGGGAAGCUGCUGUUAUCAUCCAGAAGAACUGGAGAGGGUACAAAGGCAAACAGCAGUACAGAAGGAUGCAGCUGGGCUUCGCCCGGCUUCAGGCAAAGAUCCGGUCUCGGCAGCUUCAACUGCACUACAUGAGGCAACGUGAAGCGGCCAUCCUGCUGCAGGCGCAUGUCAGAGGAUACCUGGCGAGAAAGAGGAGGAGAGAUAUGAUGACCAACAAAAGAGUAGGGAUCUUUCAUGACGUGGAGGAUCAUGAUACCUUGCGAGAGGUGCUGUCACGGCGGCAGGAAAGAGUGUCUCUCUCAGAACAUAUGGACAAUCCGUCACAGAUGGUGGAUAGCUUCUUUGAUUUCCUGCCGACAAUUGCUGCGGGACAGGAGGGGCCGCCUUCCGUGGGAUCCGAGAGUGUGGACACCAACAGGCUUUUCCCUGUGGAGAUCGACAUUGAUGACCUUCCAAUGGAAGAAGGUCUCCCAGAAGAAGACUACGAUGACUUGGAUGACUACUCUUUCUCCAAAUUUGCUGCUGUGCACUUCCAGUCCAGAGCCACUGCGACACACAUUCGUCAACAGCUUCAUCAGCCGCUUCUUCACCACGAGGACCAAGAGGAUGUGACGGCUUCUCUGACAGUGUGGUGGGUGAUUUUGCGAUUCAUGGGAGACCUUCCUGAACCAAACAAACCAACCAACAACGAUCCACGCUUGCGAGGCCAGAUGUCCAGCUCUGUCACAAGUGGUGGAGGACCUACCUUGGACAGACCCCUCUCAGUCAUGGAAAAGCUGCACAUCAUUGUGGGAUACGGCAUCAUUAGACGAGACCUGAGGGACGAGAUCUACUGUCAGAUCUGCAAGCAGCUGCAAGAAAACAAGAAUCGCAACAGCUACUUCCGCGGUUGGAUCCUGCUCUCCCUCUGUUUGGGCAUUUUCCCCCCCAGUAAAGACUUCAUGAGGUAUCUGCAGAGCUUCAUCCGCUCUGCUCCCGGAGACUACUCCGCCUAUUGUGCUGACCGGCUGCGUCGCACGGUGACGAACGGGGUGAGGGGGGAACCUCCGUCCUGGGUGGAGCUGCAGGCAGCCAAAACAAAGAAGCCCAUAGUUUUGACUGUGACGCUGAUGGAUGGUCGCUCCUUUAACCUGUCUGCUGACUCAGCAUCUACCUCCAGAGAGCUCUGCAAAGCUCUGGCCAAGAAGGCGCAACUGGAAGAUGUUUUUGGAUUCUCUCUCUAUGUGUCUCUGUAUGACAAGGUUUGGGUUCUGGGCAGCAGUCGGGAGCACGUGCUGGAUGCCAUCUCCCAGUGUGAGCAGGAGGUCAAGAGGAAAGGCGGACAGGAGCAACAUGCUCCGUGGCAACUUUUAUUCCGCAAGGAGAUCUUCACACCGUGGCAUGACUGCAGUGAAGACGGCGUCAGCACCGACCUCAUCUACAGACAGAUCAUCAAAGGCCUGGCGCGAGGAGAGUUCCAAACAGAGAAGGAGGACGAUCUGGUGCAGCAUGCUGCAAAGCAUUUGUACGUUCAGCACGGCUCAGACAGCCAGCCUCAGAAUGUGAAGGAGGUGGCACAUGAGUGCAUCCAGCCCUGGCUCCUGGAAGCCAAGUCUGAGAGCAAGUGGGUGAAAAUGAUCAGCGCCGCUCAUGCUCAGGGGUCGUAUUUAACUACCAGGCAAAGUGCUGACUCGGUGAAAGCAGAGAUGGUUGAGUACGCUCGCAAGAAGUGGCCCAUGUUGUUCUCCAGGUUCUUCGAGGUCCUCAAGGUUUCUGGACCGAUGGUGCCCAAGAACAAGUUCAUUGUGGCUGUGAACUGGACUGGCAUCACAUUCCUGGAUGAGCGAGAGAAGCGACUCCUGGAGCUUUCAUUCGCCGAAGUGACCGGCGUGAACUCCACAAGGGACCUCAACGGUUCGGGUUACAUCGUGAGCCUGCUGACGCUGAAGGGAGAUUUCAUUCUGAGCAGCACCUCAGGCGAGGACCUGGCCGAGCUGGUGACCAUGUUCCUGAGCGGGCUGACCGAGCGCUCCCAGUACGCAGUGACCCUGAUAGAAGUCCCCCGCCGAGAUGACCCCACAUUUUUGAGCUUUAAGAAAGGAGAGCUGAUCCUAAUCGUCGACGACAAUGAGCUUUCUCAGAAACGGGGUUGGCUCAAGGGUCAGAGUGACAGCACGGGACAGAAGGGAGCCGUCUCUGCCGAGGCCAUCCUGAUCCUGCCAACGCUCUCCAGACCCUCGAAGGAGAUUCUGAAACUCAUCAACCUCUCCCCGAACCAGAGGAAAAACAUAGUUCUUGCAAAUCAGAGAGAGACAGGAACGAUGGACAGGAUGGCUGCGGCGACACUAAGAGAAUACUCCCUCGAGUACUUCAGGCAGCCUACUAUGGAUGUGAACCGCCAGGUGAUGUCCAGAAACGCUCCUCCAGAAAAGCUGUGGGAGAUGUCCCGCGAGCCCAUCCGACUGCCCCUCCUCAAAAAACUAGCUGGGAACUCUGAUCUCAGUCAACAGGCUUGCUUGGCCUUUAUUGCGAUUUUGAAGUACAUGGGCGACUACCCCACCAAGCAGCUCCAGGACCCUCUUGAACUCACCGACCAAAUCUUUGGGCCUGCCACACAAAAUGAGGCCCUGAGGGACGAGAUCUACUGUCAGAUCAUCAAGCAGAUGACCAGCAACACUAGCAAGUUCAGCAUGGAACACGGCUGGCAGCUGCUGUGGCUUUGCUGCGGCCUCUUUCCUCCGAGUCAGCCGCUUCUCAAACACACGCAGAAAUUCCUGGAGACGCGGCGGCGGGAGGCUCUGGCGGCUAACUGUUUGCAGCGACUGAAGAGCUCAGUGAGGACUGAGCCCCGAAAGCUGCCGCCACACCAGGUGGAAGUGGAGGCCAUUCAGCAGAGCAGCACCAAGAUCUUCCACAAGUUCUUCUUCCCCAACAACACAGACGAGGUGUUUGAGGUUUCAAGCAACACCAGGAUCAAAGACCUGAUUCAGAACAUUUCCAGCAAACUCAAACUGUCCUCAGCAGACGGCUUCAGCCUUUUUGUCAAAGUCCACGACAAGCUCCUUAGCUUGAGUGAUACCCUCUACUUCUUUGAUGGGCUGCGACAAAUCACAGACUGGUCCAGCAGGUCCAAGCGGAACCAGGAUGGUGGGCAAAUCAGCACACAGUACCUUGUGUUUUUCAUGAGGAAGUUGUGGUAUAAUGUGAUCCCUGGCAGAGACCCAGAAGCCGAUCGUAUCUUCCAUUUCCCUCAGGAGCUGCCCAAGUACCUGAGUGGCUACCAUCUCACCACCAAGGAGGAUGUCGUAACCCUUGCUGCACUGCUAUUGCGAGUCAAAGUGAAGAACGACAAAAGCCAGUUGGUCUUGAUACCAAAGCUGCUGAAAGAGCUUGUGCCCGAAGACCAACUGAAGGCGUUCUCUGAAAAUGAGUGGAAGAAGAGCAUCACCGUCUCCUUCAACAAACAGGGCAAUAUGACGGCUGAAGGGGCCAAGGUGGCUUUUCUGAAGGCCAUCUUCCGCUGGCCAACUUCUGGCAGCGCGUUCUUCAGAGUCAAGCAAACGUCAGAGCCGAACUUUCCCGACAUCGUCAGGAUUUACAUUAACAAGAACGGAAUGACGGUCCUGCACCCCAAAACAAAGGACGUGCUGGUGAGUUACCCCUUCAACCACAUCGCUAACUGGAGCAGCGGCAGCACCUACUUCCAUAUGACUCUGGGCAGUUUGGUGAAGGGCAGCAAAUUCCUGUGUGAGACUUCUCAGGGCUACAAGAUGGACGACCUUUUGACCUCCUACGUCAACAUGUACAGAGAGAGAAAAGCGACACAAGGCCACCAGAACGCCUUCAACUGAACUCACUUCUCUGUAAUCUCUUGAAUGAAUAUUUAUUCUACAUCUAGUUCUGCUUAAACAAUCUUCUACUUCUUUAUCCAAUCUUUGACUGCUACUACAAAUGAAGCAUAAUCCUUGUCAGACUUAACCUUUUGGAAGCCGACAUGGCGUCAUCCUCCAGGUUACUGUAUUGAGAUGUUAUUCACACAAUUAAAUUCA